CUGUAGACUGUAGAGUGGUUCCUUCCUCCUUACCAUUGUGCUUAAUCUCUGUGUUUGUUCCAGUUUCCAUUAGCUUCACAUAUGACAUUAUCAUCUUUGUUCCAGUUUCCAUUUGCUUAAUCUCAGUGUUUUACGUACUUCUGGCAAGGCAAGGCUUUGUGUUCGGAAGUGAUCAAGAUGUUAACAGAAGCUUGCACCUUAUUGCUGUCAUGGAUCUUUCUGUAUUUUGGGCAUGGCACCAAUGCUUCGUCGACAACAAGGCAGUGCUUGGGAGAUCCCUUGGAAGCUCUAUAUGGAGGAGGGAUUGUAGUAAAUCCAGAAUUUAACUAUAACAUUGAAGGUUGGAAAGCUUUUGGAGAUGGUAAAAUAGAAGAACGAAUAUCGAAGGAAGGGAACAGGUUCAUUGUGGCACGUAGUAGAAAGCAUCCAUCAGACAGUUUAUCGCAGAAGGUUCAAGUCGAGGAAGGGAAAAUCUAUAGCUUUUCUGCUUCUGUUCAAGUCAGUCAAGGAAGGGAGAUUGUAGCUGUUGUCUUUAAGUUUCCGAACGGCGAUGGUGUACGUGGUGGUGAUGUAGUAGCUGAGGAGGGGUGCUGGACCUUGCUAAGAGGUGGCAUAGUAGCAAAUUUCACAAGCCCAGUGGAGAUUCUUUUUGAGAGCAAAACCACGUCAGUGGAAAUAUGGUUGGACAAUGUCUCAUUACAACCUUUCACCAAGGAGGAAUGGAGAUCCAACCAGGACAAGAGCAUCAAUGAGGUACGUAAGAGUAAGGUGAGGUUACAGGUAACUAAGGCAAGUAAAACUCCUCUGAAAGGCAUUAAAGUAUCCAUCAAGCAAAUCAUGUCACACUUCCCAUUUGGAUGUGGCAUGAACCAUUAUAUCCUCACAAACCCUGAUUACCAGAAUUGGUUUGCAUCAAGAUUUAAGUGGACCACUUUCACAAAUGAGAUGAAGUGGUACAGCACCGAGAAAAUACAAGGCCUAGAAAACUAUACUAUUGCAGAUAACAUGGUAAAAUUUGCCCAACAGAAUGGGAUUUCUAUUAGAGGCCACAACGUCUUCUGGGACGAUCCGAAGUACCAGCCUGACUGGGUUAAUUCCCUUUCGCCCGAGGAACUACGAACAGCAGCAGCAAAGAGAAUCAAUUCUGUGGUUUGUAGAUACAGAGGACAACUAAUUGCUUGGGAUGUAAUGAAUGAGAAUCUUCAUUUCAGAUUCUUUGAGGAUAACCUUGGUGAAAAUGCUUCUGCAGAAUCCUACUCAAUAGCUCAGCAGCUUGAUCCUGACACAGUUAUGUUCAUGAAUGAGUAUAAUACCAUUGAAUAUAGCGAAGACAAGAAUUCAAGUGCAGCCAACUACAAGAAGAAACUUGAAGAGAUUUUAUCAUAUCCCGGAAAUGCUAAUCUGUCAGCCGGAAUAGGGUUGCAAGGUCAUUUUGGUUCUGGUCAGCCAAAUCUUGCUUACAUGAGAUCUGUUUUAGACAUGUUAGGUGCAACAGGAUUACCAAUAUGGCUUACAGAAGUGGAUGUGGGAAAAGGCCCAAAUCAGGUACAACUCUGCCAUAUGUAAGGCAAUCUGAUCACCAUAAAAGAAACCAGAAAACAACAGAAUUGU